AUGUCGCUCAUUCGUCAAGCCCGCUACGAAAACGAACUUCGUCGGUGUUACUGUGUAAGCCAUUUUCCCCUUGUUCUUUUGAUAAAACCUUUCCAAAUUAGACCCGUACGGACUGCGAUAACACCUGUGACGUGGCGAAAUUCUGCGAAAAAAUUGCCGAUAGAAUCCUCAAGGAUUCGUUCAUGAAGGACGUCGAAAUUGCCUUCGUCGAGCAGGAUACCAUCUCCGGAGUUCUGCGAGGAGCACAUGGCGACUACUGCGAGAUGUUCAGUGACAAUGUGAGUGGGGAAAAAGUGUUUGCAGAUUAUAUGCAAACACCCUUUCGUCCGUCUGAUUCACAGAUUUCACCAUCAAAGUUCAGGCGAUCGAGAUGGACGCCCACAUGCGUUUCAUCAAGGACAGCGUGUUCCGUGCCACUGUCGUCAUGCAGUUCAUCUACAAUUGCACCAUGGGAGUUUUCAAAAGCUGCCAAAGUACAAACCCAAUCCUAAAGGGGAGAAUCUUGCAAUUUGAGUACUUACAGACCGCAUGCUGCACCAGUUUCUAGUUGAUCCGUGCGGUCGCAUCAUCCCGGAGAACGGGGACUUUGUCUUCCGCAUCAUCACCAAUCCUCGCUUCAACUUCAAGAACCUUCUUCUCUCCUCGCUAAGAAUCUUGAACUAUGAGAUCCAGCGCAUCGAGUUCACUCGGGUGUGCAUUCAUGAGUUUGUCCAGGUGACUAGUUUCCUGUCUUCUGUCAGCUCAUAGAAUCGUCCUUAUUCAGUUCCUGGAGCUGCAACUCCCGCAAGUAGAGACUGCUAACCAGAAUUUGGCCAACAAAGUGGUGGUGGAAAAUCGUUAUGAUCUGCAGAAAGCUUCGAAGCAACACAAUUUCUUGUGGAAGACGUACCAGGUGUGGCACAACAAGAACCGUCAGUUCUUGCUCACCACCGAGAGACUGAUGGCGUGCAACUUGUGCAAGCUCAUCCGCAUGGUAGCCUUAUUGUUUUAGGCAAAAAAAUAAUGAUUGAUUUCAGCGUGACAUGCACGUGGCGGUGCUCAGCAACUGGCGCGACUUCUCGGUCAUUCCGGACUAUCUCCAUCCGCGUCACUUCGAGAGUCUCUUUUUCAAGCUUUGA